AUGCUCUUCGAUGUUGCUUUUUUGGCUUUUCAGAGUGCUCGUCUCGCUGAGUGGUCUUUCGUGUUUUUUUUGACUUGGAACAGACGAAAGAAGGAAACCAGUGUUCGAACGGCGCAGUCGGGAACCCAAAGGCUGGUUGAUGUGCUGCCGCAAUCAAUGGUAUCCGAUCGGGACGAGCGAGGCGAUGCGAAGUCGGAUGAGACAAUGCGAUGCACGACAAAUGAAGCGCGACAAACGACGGCGAACAAGACGAGUUAUACAGGAAAGAAGAGAGAAGAGAAAAAGGUGGUUUGGAAUAGGGUGAAAUGGGUGGAUGGCGGAGUGGGAAGCACGAAAUGGAACAAGCAGGCAGGAGGUGGAAGAGGACGGAACCGCUGCGAGCGUCAGUCAGCGCUGCCGGAGGUCAUGCUGGGUACCUCCUCCAGAGCUGCCCAGCAAAAGGCCGCUUCGAGCAAAGAGACGGCCAGGGUCUGCCGAUCACUGCGUCGCGAAAUGAUUUCGUCACGACACGGUCUGGGUGGCUAUCUCGACAAUGACGACGAAUGGCAUUCUUCGCUUGCUGCCACGCAACCACACUGGAAACGACCUGGAACUGACCCAAGACAGAUGAACACACCAACCAAGACACACACCGCCCUCGGGUCCCUGCACGAGCCCGCCGUCUUUGGUAUUACACUACCUACACGGUACCUCAGCACCCUGAUGAACGUCGCAGUGGGCUCAAGUAGCGCACAGGUACAGGGCAUAACGCCCCAACGCCUACCAGGUAUUGAAUACCAUGUAAUGUAA